AUGAUUCGGAUUCGAUCCAAACCGCGUCGCGUGCCUGGGAAACCCCUAAGCAAGGCCAAGAAUGCAGACUAUAGCCUUCGUUACCGCGGCAGAGGGCGCGUCUAUCUGGAUUCGGGCGAGAUCGACUCGACAGAACCACGUCGCGACUCAGAUGGCGAGCUGGGAUCCGGCAGGAGAGCAGGCCCAGGGCUGGAAGAGUAUCUGGGGCAACACGGGGGAACAGUCCAACAAUUGCUGGGUGGAGUAGGCCGUAGUGAGACCUGGGCACCUUGA